GUGAAACAUCAAACAGGAAGUAGGGUUAUUGGUCGAUGUCACUUUAGGGACAGGUGGGAGGUCCGGUUCAACGAGACUCUGUUGUUCCCUACCCAGAGAGCGGAGAGAGGCGGAGGAACUAUUUAAAUUUAAAAUUUUGAAUGAAAACCAUGAAGGUUUUAUUCUAAAGAAGGCGUUUUACGAAAUACUGAAGAAACCACGAGGUUUUCCCCGUAAACAAUGACCGAGGAAGGGAGGAAAAUUUCAAGUGCGCUGUCAGUUUAAUGGGAGCGGUGACCUGAGCAGAUAUGCCAGCUGACGACAAGGUUGCCAUCCUGACAGACGAUGAGGAGGAGCAGAAGAGGAAGUAUGUGCUGGCUGAGCCGUUUCCUACGCUGCCGGUGGAGCAGCAGGUGGAAACCACCGCCACACCUGAACCCACCACAGACACACAGGGAGAGCAGCUUCCACCUGUGCAGCCAGAGUCAUUGAACUGCUGCAAGAGAAUGUGUCUCCAGAUAAACAGCCGCUUGCUCAUCUCCAAAAUAUUUUACUUUUUCUUUUACGCCGCCUAUGGCUCACUGCACCCUCUGUUGGCUGUGUACUACAAGCAACUUGGCAUGUCGCCCAGUCGCAGUGGACUGCUUGUUGGCAUUCGCUACUUCAUUGAGUUCUGCAGCGCCCCCUUCUGGGGUGUAGUUGCUGACCGCUUUAAGAAGGGAAAAGUUGUUCUGCUCUUCUCUGUGCUCUGCUGGUUGUUCUUCAACUGUGGCAUUGGUUUUGUCAAACCUGCAUCAAUGAAGUGUGUGGAAGUGAACACUGCUCCCACCACAACACUAAUGCCUAUCCCAACAACAUUCGCUCAGAGCAAUGAGACCCAAAACGGCAAUGAGACCCAAGACGGCAACUCCACCGACUCAACUAACCACACCCGCAGUCGGCGAAGCUAUCUACACUCCUCUGGAUUUUACCAGGCCCUGGAGUUUUCUUCAUAUUACAGGCGUAAACGGGACACUGACACCAACACAACAUCUCCUACAUUUGAGCCUCCGAACACAACCACCACAGCCUCUCCUACGCCAAACCCAGACCAUGAGAUUGUCUACAACGAGGACCAGGUGGAGAACAUCUUCCUCAUCAUCCUGCUCGUCAUCAUCAUUGGUGAGUUUUUCAGCGCCCCAGCUGUUACGAUUGUUGACACCGUCACUCUGCAGUACCUUGGCAAAGUUCGUGACCGCUACGGCCUGCAGAGGAUGUGGGGCUCCCUGGGCUGGGGCCUGGCCAUGCUGCUGGUGGGCAUCUGGAUCGACCACACGCACAUCAAGGUUGAUAUGGAGGGUGAAGGCUGCAGUCUGCCUGAAUACCACAACUACCUGAUUGCCUUCAUCGUCUUCAGUGUACUGAUGUCCAUGGCCUUCAUCGUUGCCACACAGUUUUCCUUUGGAAAUCUGGAAAGCUACCACCAUGAGCUCCCAGAAGCAGUUGUGGACAGUGAACAGAGACCUCAAUCCAGCCUGGACUCUGAGCAGCCUUCUACCAGCUCUGAACCGCCUCAGGAGUUCUACUUCACUGAUCUUCUGAAGCUUCUGUGCAGCGUACGAUACAGUGCUGUGCUGUUUGUCGCCUGGUUCAUGGGUUUUGGCUAUGGCUUCGUCUUCACCUUCCUCUACUGGCAUUUGGAAGACCUGAAAGGCACCAACACGCUGUUUGGCAUCUGCUCCAUUUUAAGCCACGUCUCUGAGCUCGCCGCCUAUUUCACCAGUCACAAGUUCAUCGAGCUGGUUGGACAUAUCAGAGUGCUGUACAUCGGUCUGGCUUGCAACACGGCUCGGUAUUUGUACAUCUCCUACUUGGAGAAUGCCUGGAUCGUGCUGCCAAUGGAGGUCCUUCAAGGCAUCACCCACGCGUCUGUUUGGGCUGCAUGCAUCUCCUUCCUCAGUGCUGCAGUGCCCCCAGCACUGAGGACGUCAGCACAGGGAAUCCUCCAGGGCCUUCACCUUGGUCUGGGCCGAGGUUGUGGGGCUAUGGUGGGAGGAGUCUUCGUCAAUUUCUUUGGUGUGGCAGAGACCUUCAGAGGAAUAGGAAUGGCUUCUCUUGUCAUCCUCCUCAUCUUCGCCUUUAUCCAGUUUUUGACCACAGAGACAGAAGAAAAAGAGGACCAAAUGUUAGCAGAAAACAUCCCAGUGCCGUCCAGCCCCGUCCCCAUCGCUACCAUCGACCUGGUACCAGGCCCAACAGCAGCUGGUAGCCUAGCCCCAAACCUCCAGGCAGGAGCUCCACCCUUCAGGAAGACUAAGCACCAGGAGGAUCAGGAGGAUUCCACCCAGCCUGCCUGGAUGCUCUCUGGCUCCCCCUGGGUCACUUUCGCCUUUGCCAUCUGCCAAAUCAAAGAGAUGAUGAAGCUGUUGAAAUCAAGCAGACCACAGGAGACUCGCCCCCUACAGAUACUUAGCGAUAAGGCGUCGACCAUUAGUGAAACAGGGAUGUCAAAUUCAGGUGACACCGACAACACAGAUCCAGCACCAGUUACCUCACAACCACCCACACAGCCAGACACCACCCAAACCAACACCUCCCAAACCGAUGAAGAGCAAACACACCCACCCACAGACAGCGAGGAGCCGUCAGAAGGAGCGGGUGUUGUGGCAGAGAACACAGACUGACGUUAGCUUUAGAAACUGUUUCUGUUAGCCCUUCAAAACUGAAGCCAAGGUUCAGUGUUAUGACCCUUUAACACACUGAUGCAUAUUUAACUUCAUCGCAAAAGGAGGCAGGAGUCCCUGAACGAGUGGGGAAAUAUAAAAAAUAAAAAACACAUAUAUGUAUAUUAGCUUUUAACUGGGUUGUUUCUGUGGGAACUUUUUUGAGUAUUUAAAAUUAUUAUAAUUGUUGUUUUUUUGUAGCAUCAUGUCCUUUCAGGGGGUAAACAAAUCCAACCCUCGGCGACGUGCACUAUGUUCCCCGUGACGUUUGUCAGCCGUGGAUGAGAAGGAAGGAAAACUCCUCAUGUGCCUUUUUAAGUUAUUUUUCAGUUUAUUUAUUGGAAUUAGUAAAGGAACUCUGACAGAGUGGAUAAUUCUUUGUUUUGUACCAGGCGUAGGACGUUUUAAUCGUUGAAUUCAGCUAUUGCAGAGCACAAAAUGAGCGUCACCUUCAUUUGCAUCGGUGGAUCAAGGUUUUAACUUAAACACGUUGUAAUGGAGAGGUUCCCAACGUGACCAGGUUGACACAGUGUUGACAGUUUGAAUGAAGUAUAGAGUGUUGUUAUGAAUCAUUAGCUCCUCUCUAACCUCUAACUGCUCCUGAUCACAGCUAACCCCGCUAACCUGGUGAGUUAAAGUAACAGCCACAAAAAGAUAAGAAGUCCUUUUCAAAAUUCAAAAGAGAGAGAGCGAUGCAUUCAGUGUCCCCGGAUGGAGCCAAACCUCACACAGCUUAACAAAUUACAGUUCAUUCAAAUACAAAUACAAAUGGGACAAAGCUUUAUCUAUUACAGGUGUUUUAGGCUGAUCCCAGACUCAUGAAGUAACAAGUUCACACUGUUGUUGAGGUGAAGUAAAAAGAUAAGAUUUAGUAAGAAAAUGUCGGUUUCAUUCCCUCUGAGGUAACUGGCUCACCUGAGCCGCACAAAAUAUUUAAAAGAAAUAAAAUAAAUACACUGCUGUGCAAAUAUCCUAGGCUUAUAUAGAAGUACAGGUGGUGUAUUGUGUGUUUGCCUGCUGCUAAAACUGUGGACAUUUCUUAGCUGAUUGACACAAUCUUACAUUAUUCUCUACCUGCAGGAGACCUUAAAGUUGUGGCUCAACCUGUGGCUCUUUGCUGCACUCUUGGUCUUGUCACACAGUGUGACAUGAACCUGUCUUCAACCAACUCAGUUUUAUUGUUCCUCACGCUGAUGAUUCAUUUUUUGCCAAUAACAACAUUAGGAAAAAUCCAACUAAAAAGAUGUCCAUUAAUUAUACUCCUGACCAUGAUCUUAUAUAUUCUUUCUGCUCCUUUGCUUUUUGUACCAACCUUUGGAUGGAUUUAAAACAACAAAUAACACAGUUUCUAUUAUUAUACACAUUUGGUGGAAACAUCCGGAAACUCUGUGGAUAAACUCUUUAAACUGAUACAGGUGGAGGCAUUGUUACCUCACACCAUUUUCUUCACCACUGCCUGCAAACCUUUGCACAGUGCUGUAGUCUCAUGAUGAGACAUUGUGAAACUGAUUGAUUGUUCCACUCUUGUCUAACUUUAAAAUGUUUGCCAGCACUCGUGCAGUAAUUGCAGCCUUGAAGAGAGGCCACACACCCGUACUGUCAAAGAAACCUGCACUGCUACAUUUGACUUUGUUCGUCUCAUUAAGCAGAUGCCUGGAGACAAUAGACUCUGUGUAGGAAAUGGGUGAAACAACAGAGGGGGAAAGUUCUGUCCACAGGUGAGGACACUGUCGUCACGUUUCACUGAGGAAUAAUAAAUACUAAGAAGGAGAAUAAAUGUUGUGCAGCACAAAUGUACAUCGCCACCUUGUACGGUAGAAAUAUAUAUAUAACGCUUUAGCGAAAACCUGCUUCUAAUAAGUGAAUCAUUUUGUGUGCCUCGUAUUUCAGUGUUUAACCAUAUUUCUCCUUGGUGCUGGGUUUGGGAACCUCUGUCAUUUUUCAAAAAUGAAUAAAACAGUGUUGUACAGAAGCUAAAAAAAACCCCCAAAACUAGUUCAUGUUUCCAACAGAGUUACACAUUCCCACGUAUUUACUGUAUGUCCCUGAUGAGCACUCAGAGAGGCUGCAGGUGAAGAAGUGCCUCGUCUGGACCAAAUAAAAGCAUUUUCGUCUUUCA